AUGGUGAGGUUGAUCAGAAGAAGGAAGCUUCAUACAAAGCCAUUCGACGCGAGAAGCCUUACAGUCGUUGUGUUGGUGUCUGCCAUUGCUUUCCUGGAAAUCUUUGGGUUUGUGCGGGAGAGGCAGCAGCUUUUUGGAGUGGAAGUGGCAAUUGGUAGCUUGGUAGCGAGCAUCAGCAAUAGCUCCAAGAUUCAUCUUGAUCUACAGGAUUCCUUACCUACAACAGCAGCAUCAACAAAAGGAGAAGAUGCGCAAGAUGCCAACAAGAAUAUUUCCAAUGCCCCUUUUCUACCAGAAAUGGCAAAGCUUCAGAUGCGCUUGUCCGCUCGCCACCAAGAAAAAUUCCACCGAAACAAGGACCUCCUGGCAUCCAACUUUCCAGAGGAUGUACUUUAUAGUAUGGACCCAUUCACCAAACAAUUCUAUGCCUUUAACCUCAAUCCACAAUUUGCUUUUCGACACAUUUACAAGAAUGGAGGAACCACCGUGGAACGCCAAACUGGAUUAACUCGGUCGACGCCGGAACAAGUGGGCAAUCGAACCAUUGUGGCAACUGUGCGAGAUCCCAUCGACCACUGGCUCGCGGGAUGGCAAGAAUGUGGAUUUCGUCUCCCCAAGGUCAUGGGCAAAUACAAUCAGACACUCGAUUACGACUCUCGCAUACGACAAUGGCUCUGGGAAGUCGACCACAGCAUUCAACAAACCGUUUUCCAAAAGGGACCUUGUGAGAGACAAAGGCUCUGUACGUGUGCCCUUCAUUCCGUCCCACAAGCCAAUUUUCUGAUAGGGGUUAAUGAUGAUGGUGGAACAUUAUUAUUUGAUCCCAGGGUCACCCUGAUUGGGGAUCUCCAAGAACUUCCCGAACUCUUUCGUCUGGUUGGACUCGAGUACAAUACGUCCAUGGAUGCGGGCAAUCAGGCAUCUCAAAAUGUCGCUAAAGUAGACUACUUUCCCAAAAAGAAACAUCUCUUAUCCAAUGCCACCCUCCAGCGCAUUUGUCAAUUUGUCAGGGUGGACUACUUUUUGUUUGAUUUUGAAAUGCCAGAGACGUGCCGACAAACAUGA